AUGAAAAACUUGGAAAUACAGAAACUAAAAAGUGGUCUUUCCGAUUUAAAUGAAUUAUGCUUCGAACAAUCUAUGGGGCCUCAGCAAGCAAUAGUGCUUAACGAAGACUUGGAGCAUUUGGGGGAUGAUGUUGCUGUGAAUGCCAUUACUCACACCAGAGACACUGAGGUAAAUUAUUUGAAUAAAUUAUUAGAUGAGAAAUCCUGUUUAAUAAUAGAGUUGCAUGACAAAAUUGAUAUAUUAAAAAAGCACAUAAACCUCCUUGAAAAGAUAGAGAAGAUUAACCCGACAGAGCCAUCUACGGAAAUGGUGCCGGAUGAAUUAGUCGCGUCUGUGGAGGAAACUGUAGUGACUGAUGAUUUCAUUCCUGUCAUCACGAAGAAAUCUGCAAUGUCCAUUUCCAAAGAAAAUGGAAAUAUAUCAGAUAGCGGUACAAAGAGCAAGACAGAAAACUUUCUAACGAAUUUCGUUUCCAAUAAAAAAGGUAGAAGAUCGCAAAAAAAUAAGUUGAAUCGAGGAAAUCAUGAAACGAAAAAGGACUUGAUGGUGACUGGGGCUGGUGCUGUUUCGUCGGAUUUUAUGGGUGCACCCAGACGUGCUUGGAUGUAUGUGGGACGUGUAAACGUAAAUGUAAAAGAGUCGCAAAUAGAAAAUCAUUUAAAAGGAAAGUUUCCAGGGGAAGACUUUUCCAUUGAGAGGCUGCCAAAGCGUGAUGCAGCGCAUAGCGCGUCCUUCAAAAUUGGCGCAAGUUUAUCACUCGUAGAGGAUCUCUAUAAGCCUCAAAAUUGGCCUACGGGUGUGAGCUUGGGUAACAAACUGGAGUUAAUUGAGAAGGUUUUGAACACUGAUAAUUACAAAGUGGCAUGCAUCACCGAACAUUGGAUGAAUACCAGUCAGAUUAAUGCUUUAAACAUUUUAAAUUUCGAGGUGGCUAGUGCCUUUGCUCGUAGUACAUUCAUCCACGGAGGUUGCGUAAUACUGGUACGGAGUGAUUGCCAGUUCGAACCAGUGGAAUCUAUAAAUGAUUUAUCGGUUGAAAAACACAUUGAAAUGUGCGCAACCUUCGAAAAGUCCACUAAAACAUAUUAUUUCUGUGUCUAUAGAUCCCCUCAAGGAAAUUUCGAAAUAUUUGCCGAUCGGCUGGAUGAAGCCCUUAAUAUAAUUGCCAGUACACCAUAUGAAAGUAAAGUACUGAUAGCUGGCGAUUUCAAUAUAAUCUUCAAUGAAAUAAACAGUGAGACACGAAAAGUGAAAGAAAUAUUAAACUCGUAUGGUAUGCAUGUCAUUUUUGAUCAGGCAUCCCGUGUUACACAGACGUCGAGAAAUUGCAUCGAUAAUGUUUUCACGAAUCUAAAUCGUUCCUCCUAUAAAACAGCCACAGUUAAAUAUCACUUGUCGGAUCAUCUGGCCCAGAGACUGGAUAUACAGCAGGCGAACAUCCCUGUGAAACAGAGAUAUAAGAUGGUGCGCAUUAUGAAUGAGAAAAAUACAAACCUUUUUCGUGAACAGCUACGGAACAUAGAUUGGAGUUCUCUUCGUGUUAGCUCAGCCCAAACUUCCUUCGGAGAUUUCCACCGGAUUGUGAUACAUUCUUUCAAUCAAUGCUUCCCUGAAAGAAAAAAGAAGAUAGUUAAUCCUUUGAAGAAAAAAUGCUGGGAAAAUCCAGAAAUGGUAAACAUCAAAAAUAAACUUGAUGCAGCACACACAAUCUAUGAGGUAAAAAGAGAUGAAUGUUCAAAAAAACUGUACAUGGGAUUAAAACAUCAAUUCAGGCAGCUCUUGGAUGUUCAUAUCAGAAAUGAAAACUCUAGAUACUUGAAUGAGGCGGAAAAUAAAAAUCGUGCAGUGUGGCAGAUUAUAAACUCAACAAUAAAAUCAAACGCAGGGAAAGUAUACCCCCCCACACUAUCGGAAGAAACUUUUAACCGGUAUUUUUCAACAAUUGCUGAAAAAUUAACCGGAAAAAACACAAACCCUGAGUCGAGUGAGAGACUAUUGAAGAAUAGAAAGGUUGAAUCUUCUCGAUCAUUUUUUUUGAGCCCCACAACCCCAGAGGAAGUUAAAAAGGUCAUAUUAGAAAUGAAAAACAAAGGUUCGCAGGAUGUCUAUGGCUUCUCAGUGAAAUUACUGAGGGAAGUUGUCGACUGUUUGGUGGUGCCAAUCUCUGACCUCAUAAACGAUUGUUUUCAGCAAGGCUAUUUUCCAGAUGAACUGAAAAUUGCAAGGGUAAUACCUGUGCAUAAGGCGGGCAGUCGGGAAAAUUACGAGAACUACAGGCCAAUAUCGAUCCUGCCAGUUGUGUCAAAAAUCUUUGAGACGCUUCUCAAAACAAGAUUGGUCUCGUUUCUGGAAAAAAAUUCGUUGCUCUCCAUCUCACAGUAUGGUUUUAGAGAAGGUAGGUCCACCAUAUCGGCAUUGGUUCACCUUGUCGAGUUCAUUAUAAAGGCGCUGGAUGAUGGGGAUGAAGUUGUGCUAACCUGCAUGGAUCUUAGUAAGGCGUUUGAUUGUGUCAACCACGAUAUACUUUUACGUAAGCUGGAGUAUAUCGGUGUGAGGGGUCCAGCAUUGGAUUUGUUGAGGUCGUAUCUGAGGGAUCGGUGCCAGGUGGUGGAUCUGGAUGGUAAGAGGUCUUCCAAAGUUAAAAGUACUGCAGGAGUUCCCCAGGGAUCAGUGCUUGGGCCCAUUCUAUUCCUCAUAUUUAGCGAUGACCUGACAAGUAACGUUGCUGCAGACGAUGAGACUAUUUUUGCUGAUGAUACGUCAUUUUUGAACAGAGCAAAAGACAGAAAUUUACUGCUAAACAAAUCACAUGGAACGAUUAAAAGUGCUAUCGAAUGGUUCCAUUCAAAUGACAUGAAAGUAAAUGAAGAGAAAACCCAGGAGAUGGUAGUGAGUACAAAACUUCAUGAAACGAAAACUAUUUCAUUGCUCGGGGUUUCAAUCAGCGCAAAUUUGACAUGGAUGAAACAAGCUAAUGAGUUAUGCAGCAAACUAUCCUCAGCAUUAUUCGCCAUACGACGAAUAAAAAAUAUAUUAACAGAAAAGGAAGCGUUACUCACAUAUCACACACACUUUCACAGUAGGAUGAUCUACGGCAUAAUCCUAUGGGGUGCAUCUCCUGAAGCAAAUAGAGUGUUCCUGAAACAAAAACAGGCAUUGAGGUUGAUGGCGGGAGUAAGCCAAAUCUCAAGCUGUAGACCUCUUUUCAGGAAAUAUGGUGUGCUUACCUUAUCAUCCUGUUAUAUCUUAGAGUGCCUACUAUAUGUACACAAAAAUCGGGACACUUUCCAGAGACAUUCGGCGAUUCACAACCAUGACACCAGGUUCGGAGGCAACCUUAUAACCCCAAGGCAUAGAUUGACUAAAACCCAAAACACGCACAUCUUCAAUGGAACGAGAUUUUACAACAGACUUCCCCAGCGGCUAACAUCGCUGCAUGACAUAACAUUCAAGCGUCAAGUCAAAGCGAUUCUCAUCGAGGGUGCAUUCUAUUCCAUGGAUGAAUUUAUGGCAUACCAGUUCUAG